AUGGACAAAGAAACAGGAGCAUCAAAACUGCAAGAUAAAGAGCCCCAAUUACCCAUAUGGGAAGCCACUCUAAGAGCCACAGUUCACAACCAACCUCCCCACAAAGUGUGGCAACUCUUAGAGGACUUCUUCUCCAUAGAGAAAUGGCUUCCGACCAUCGACAUCUGCAAGAAAAUCGAAGGGAUCAAUGGAAAACCAGGUUGUAUCAGAUACUGUGCCGCUAGCUCGAACAAAGUAGGAGAAAAUGACAUAGCUUGGGCCACUGAGAAGCUGGUUUUCAUUGAUUCUGCUGAGAGAAAAAUGAUUUAUGUGGUGACUGAUUCUAAUGUUGGGUUAGUUGGAUAUGAGGCAACAGUUAGUGUUUUGCCUGAAUCUCAUGAGAAUGAAGAGAAGGGGAGUGUGAUUGAUUGGUUCUUUAAGGUUGAACCUCAAACUUUUAUGAGCUAUGAGGGUUUGGUUGAAUAUGUAAAAAAUAGUUUGGAAUAUAUGGCCAAGAAGAUGGAAGAGUUUCUUUAUGAAGAAUAA